AUGGAAGCUAUCAAUAGCCUUGCAUUUUCAGUUGGGCGUUAUAUUUUUGGUAUUAUUGACUGGAAAAUCUGCGAACUGAAGAAGAUUGACUCAAAAACACGCAAACUUUUGAACAUGCACAAGAUGUUACAUCCUAAAGCAGAUGUGGAAAGGCUGUACAUCUCAGGAAAAGAUGGAGGAAGGGGCCUGAUUGAAGUAGAAACAGCAUUCAAAACAGUUACAAUAGGGAUCAAUCAUUAUCUGAGGCACAAAGAAGGGCAUUAUCCAAAGCAGGUGCUUGAACAUGAGAGAUAUAAAGCCAAAAAUUCAAUGUCCAAGAAUGCUACCAAGUUCAAAAGGGAAAUAACUGCCAGAGUUUGAGAACAGAGAAGAAAAAUCAGCCUCGGAAAAUGCUAAGGCCCUAAAACACAUAUUCAAGUUUAAGAUGAAAUCCAUAAAAGAAGAAAAGUGGAAAUUAAAACAUUGUAUGGCCAGUAUCCCAGGAUUCUAGAGAAGCCUCAAGCAGACACAGUCACCACCAACAAAUGGUUGUCAAGUAAUCUGAAAGAAAAAACAGAGGGACAGCUUGUCGCAGCUCAAGACCGGGCAGUAAACACCAGAAACUACCAGAAAGUAAUAGGAGGCCAGCAAAUGACAGCAAAUGCAGAAUGUGUUCGCAAUAUGAAGAGACAGCUGGACCAUACUGUAUCCGGAUGUGAGGCUUAG